AUGGCAUUGAACACAAAGGAGCUAUUUCUAAGUCCUGAUCCAGAUGAUUUUGAUGUGCUUAAUACUAGCCUAACUCCACCUACCCCUGUUGAACCUGCAGCAGUUGUUGAUCCAGUACCUACGCCUGCAUUUUCUCCUAACAAUACUCUUCGUCGUUCUACUUGUCAAACUAUGACUGAAGAACUUCAAGCUUUAGAGAAAACUCAUACUUGGGAUUUAGUUGAUCUUUCACCAAACAAGACUCCUAUUGGUUGCAAAUGGAUUUACAAAAUCAAGACCCAUUCUGAUGGAAUUAUUGAAUGUUAUAAAGCUCGCUUAAUAGCCAAAGGGUACACUCAAGAGUAUGUUAUCGACUAUGAAGGAACUUUUGCUCCAGUAGCCUGA